AUCCGGAAUUGAUGUAGCAUUAAUAUAUGGGUGUAUGACGCAUAUCCUAGGCAAGGGGAUGCAAUUGCUAUCGGCUAUUGGAGUUCACGAUCAAACGCUAAAGUUCGUAUUGUUCCCCAGGAGCCUUAAGAUGUAGUGAUACAGUGAGUUUCGGCACAUGGCUCUGGAAGUCCCCCAGAAAUGCGGGGAUUGCGGUGGAGAAGGGGAGAACGAAAAUCCACCUCGUAGAUCAAAGGGGAGGCAUCCACGUUCUUUCUUAUCCCAAGAAUAUCUUCCUACAAAGGCGUCUGACAAGAAGGCAAUGCACAGCAAACAAUGACCGAAGUAGAAGUACGCUCUUUCCUCUGCUCGAUCUGUCACCAGUCAUUCCGACGUCGCGAGCAUCUUCGACGCCAUAUACUUUCUCACGGGGAUAUAUUUCCCUAUACGUGUUCAUUUUGCGACGCGUCCUUUAAGCGCCGAGACGCCUUGACACGCCACCUAACAACAUGCAAAAUCCGAAAGAAGAACGGGGUUGGAAUCCCAACUGCAGGACCAAAACAACCUCGCGGGAAGAGGCCAACGGCUUGUGAUCGUUGUAGGAGAUCCAAGAGAGCAUGUAAUCUUGGGUUUCCAUGCGACACUUGUAUCCAGCGCCAGACCUCUUGCACGUACGAGAACUUGACUGACAUGGUAGAUGGCGGCGAUCUUGAAGAACUCCAGCUAUUUGAUGAGUUGUCGACUUUCCACAUCUUCAACUCAUCUAAUCCAUCGAACAACGAAGGAUUUCCUCUGGACAAACCAAUAACUGGAUCUCAAACGCUCUUUGUGGGUUCCACACUAGCUCAGAGUGAGCCAUAUCUAAAAGGUCUGGGAGAUGACAGAGAUCAUACGGGGUCAACGCGGUUCUUCAAUAGACUACAAAGUCUGAGAUUCUUGGAGCACUUCACCAGCUCAAGCGGAAUUGCUGAGGCGUUUGAAUGCGGAGAGACAUCCGAUUCGAUCACUGACUACAUGGUGUCUAUGGAAAUGAAUCUGUCUGCUUACUCCCAAGACGGCUACACGAAUGAUAGCGACUCUUUCCUCAUGGCUGGAUAUACUGAAGGAUGCCCCCAGCCUCCUUGUGAGUCACUUCUGAGGGGUUUCGAGACCUUCGAUCAGGGUUCUUCUGCGUUCCAAUCGCAUAAUUUGGUAUCGACACCAAUACCUACUGCAGAUCUCCACUCACUCGACCCCCUAUCUGAAAAGACUCACACCAUUAUCAGCAGUCUAAGGCGCACGGUUUCAGGAAAAUGCCACAGUAGGUCACAAUCAUGGUCUUCAGUGAGAGAAGAACUUUGUCUGAAGUUGUUUUCGCCUGCUCGAAUCCGACUUUUUCUCAAUUUGUUUUGGUCCCAAUGGCACCCAAACUGUCCCAUUAUCCACAAGCCGACAUUUAAUGCCGAGACAGCUCCAGAAGAACUCUUAUGCCCUAUGGUGGUUCUCGGUGCAUGUACGUCUCCAGAUAUUGCUCAUCGGAAAAUCGCUGGCUUCUGGUUCGAUAUUGUUGAGGAACUGGUGUUCACGAGUCCAUUGUUGGAUUUCGAGUGCAGCAGAUCAUACUCAUGUGACUGCAACAGGCCUGUGAGCCGCAAAAAACUGCAAGCCCUCCAGGGAGCGUACUGCGUGUGUUUAUAUCAAAACUGGGAUGGAUCUGACAAAGCAAAGAGGCGCAUCAGAAACCAACGUUUCACUGUUCUAGUCACUGCCGCUAGGGAUAUCGGCUUCGAAUUCGCUACACAUGAUCAGCUCGAGAUGAAUGACCCUGGUCAGUUCGACUGGGGACGGUGGGUAGUCACAGAGGAACUGAUGCGGACAAUGUCGUACAUAUUCCUGAUCGACUCUGCAUUUGCAAUAUUCAACAAUUUACCCCCACGCUUCGUGAUCAGUGAGCUCAAAUUAGGGUUGUGCUACCCUGAGAGCUGUUUUCAGGCAGAGUGUCAGAACACGUGUUUCCAAGCAAUCAAACGCGCAUCAAGGCCGCCGAAUGCAAGAUUAUCUAUAGCUUCUGCUGUCGAAGCUUUGUGCCACGAGGAGUUCGGUACCAGGCUCAUUACGGACUUCUCACAUAUGAGUGUCUUGAAUAUGUUCUGCAUCGUGUCUGCACUCCAUAUUGUCCUAUUCACCCUCCGAGCAUCGAUUUCAUCACCACACCUGAUCCAAUCUAUCAAGAAGGGGUUCUUGAACUGGGACAAGAUCUGGAUGGCCAAUGCAGUGUACGAACAAUUCGCAGGACGAUAUGACUUGCAGCAAGAACAACCUUGGAAGAAAAUUGGGUUCAUACGGCACUGUCGUGAAUACUGUUUCUUGGGUUUGGUGAUGUGCGAGAAGUUCCGAUCUGAAACUAAAGGGGAAGAAAAUUCCAUUAUACUGUCGGGAGUCUCAGGUCGAUAUGAUGAGACAGAUAUGCGCCAGGUAAGCGAACUUAUCAGACGGCUUCCGAUGACCACUUUAAGUAGCUAAGUAGCCGUUGGUUAUCUUGUAAUAUAUUGAUAUUGUGUCUUAAAUCGAG